AUUAACUGUCACCGAAAUAGCGUACUGAAGACUGAAGCACCUGCAACAACCUCCGCAUCUUUGGAGACCUCUUGAACCUUUGCCACGGACUGCAUGUGUCGCAUGUAUUACUGAGUUUGUCAGCCUCUCUUUCCCGUACGGGGGUCGCACGACAACACGAGGCGAACAAAAAUGGAAACUGAAUUUCUGUAUGCCCUCUGAUAUGCUCACAAAAGUGGCGUUAAGCGUACAUGAGCUGUUCAAAGUGUGUAAGCAACGCAAGAUGAGCACCAGUCGCACCCCUGAAACAGGCUACCUUGGGUCAGCAGACAUUUCCCUCACGUGUACACAACUCAGCUCCUUGCGACCUAGUGUAAUGCAGAGAAGGAACAGAAUAGCUGCAUUUCACAAACAUUCGGAUAACACGUUGCAGUUGCUAAAGAGCUGCGACUCUCUCUGCAUUAACCUCUCACUUGCUCAAAAUGACUCGGGUGAUUGCUAGUCAUGCAAGCCCCAAGUCGUUGCAUACUGUCAUGCUUGUUAUUUUGCUGAGAGCGAUGUUCACAGGAACUGCUGGUGUUCGCAGAGUUGACUACACCGCGGCAUUGCCCCCUGCAGGAAGGGCGUUUGAUUAGUGUGCAGCUGUGGUUCUAAGUUGCCUGAUAAACCUCUGCAAUGGUGUACCUUUAUGACUGGGUCGACUUCCAGUUGCAAGGCACAGCGGUGUGGUUAUGGCCAAAUACGCGAAAACGUGUGCAGCGUCGAGUUCCAUUGAAGAUGGCACGAGAGGAUGCGAAGUUGAGCGGCAGCCGACAAACGAGCGGAGGGUGUUGCAACUGUUUUCGUUCGCGUCCCUUCCUCCCGUCCAGCCUCCUCUCUGCAGCUACCAGUACCUCCAAGCCGAACCGGUGCAGUUGCGAGCGUAUGUGGAGCAGGCCGAUUGUGACGCGGAAAGGGUGUCAAUUACCUCCGUGGAACCUCACAAAAGUUUCCUCAUGUCCAAUACGGCCUGAAAAGAGUGUUUGGUUUCUGGUUUCGCGAAAAAGCUAUCGAAAAGGAGAGCGACAACCAAGGGUUUGAACCCAUAAUGUAUGUGUGUGUGUGUGCCGUCGGCAGAGUGCAGUCUUGGCAGUCACCUUUACACCAGAAUGACGGAAGCCAGGUCGUCAGGGCCCAAGAAACGGAAGAAGGAAAUUUCACCGCAGGCAUUGAGCCCAGAUGAAGCUUCAAUUUGUGGCCCUCGGGAGCGGACACCUAGGCGGAUACUGCCUGAACGAGCCUGUGCUCGGUUGUGCAUCCUUCGACUCAAAGCUUGCGCUAGUGUAGCAGACGAGCACUUACGCGCGCGACUCAAGCGGGACGAAAACGCGUAUCGACAGCAACAGAAGGCCCGAUUGCUACCCAGCUCAAAGGAGGCGUGGACUGUGGCGUAUAAGAAGGUCGUGAGCUCGAUUAAAUCUGGAGAAGGUGCAAGAAUUGUUCUUCGGAAGCCUCAAUGUCGCCCCGAGAAACCGAUCCAGCCGAAACCGCUUCAGAACCGCGUUAGGCGUCGCUCUAUCCAUGAACUCCUACCGGGAGAGUGGAGAGUGCGAAUCGUGCUGGCGACGAGAGAUUCUGGCGUGGAAGACGAAAACAAGAACAACCAUCCGGCCAACUCGGGAAAACAAUCGGAACCACAGACAGAAUCCGCUGCGGGUUUGCGUGGGUCAGGGGAAGCGCCAGGACGCAGAAACGUGACAGCGGCCAACCAUUCGUCCAGUCGGGAUGAGCCAGAGGUGUUUCACCGCUGGUAUUGGUGUCCGAGGUUUGAUGAGGCAGAGAUGCUUUUUUCCAGGGCACUUGAUUACCUUAGGGGAUACUUGGGGGUCGACGGGUACCCGCGGCGAACAGAAGCUCAAGUUGCUCAGCAGGUCAUCGCCGUACUACGCUACACAUAUCGUUUUACUCUGACCUAUGAUCACAGACUGGAGCUUAUCUGCAAGCGACUCUCGUGGGAGACCCUCAAGCGCGAAGCUGGCAGUAAUGCCCUUCCGCCGAGAGUGGAAGCGGUAGCGAUCGGCGCACCUCCAUUGGACAUUCUAGUGGAAGCAGAGAAGGAACGCGCGAGGCUGAAAGCUGCUUCUCGGGCCAAGCAUUUUCUCCAGCUCCUCCGGCCGUGGUCAAGAGCUCCGCUAACAUACUAUGGCGACACCAGGAGAUCCGGAAGAUCUCGAGCUGCCGUAUCAGUUUCUUCUGCAGGAAAGCGACCUCCAGCGGAUGUGUCAGUUGGCAGUCACGUUCCUUGUUUCUCUCUGUCCCCACACAAGCGAAUCUUUCAAAAAGUGAAAUCUCGAGCGACGAAAGCCGCAGAACAAACGGACUCUGUGACACCAAUGAACACCAAGUUACUUCACUACGAUAAGCCCCGCUGAAGCAGACGAACCGAGAUCGGGGGGACACACGAAUCAGCGGCAGACAGUCAGUCGGUGGAAAACAGGCACGCGAGAAGACAAUGUGUGCGGCAGCGAGGACGAAGAAGCAACGGAGAGCGGGCGGUGACAUGAUAAAAGUCGAGAAAACUCUAACACCACGCGGGCACCGCGCAGAGUGGCCAUGUCGCCGGGAUGGCAAGGAACAGAAGGCGACACACGGUUCACAAGAGAGCCAGAUGGGGGAGACGCAAAGCGAACUGAGCGGAACAAAAAUAGUUGACUGUGACCCGACUUUGUUCCACGGCGAUUUUAAGAGUCAGUGGGUGAAAAAUCACCGUCAGAAUACUCAACAGGUAUCAGCAGAUGGACAUGAACAAGCAACUCCCAGGGAACAGAUGCAGAAAGUUAGCCUCGUUAACUCACAAGCACCUGCCUGUGUUCAAGAGACUGUAUUUGCCUGGGAGGAGCUGUGCCUUUUGGAUCGCAUAUGUCAUCGAUUCAGUUUCCUGGUAUCGUGUCUCCGAUAGUCUUCGCAUCUGGGCAUGGUGCCGCUGAAGCUCAGCAUACUGUUCUGUUACCAAUGUUUCGUGGGAAACGUGGGCGUACUAGCGCUUCCGUAGAGGACACCGACUUCCUGUGUAGCGU